AUUACUGUCUUGUUUGGCAACGGCUGAUUCUUAUACUUUUGACACCUAACUAGAAUAGUCCAAACUGGAGCAUAGAAGACCUCCCCUGGUUCAUUCCUUCUCCAAGAGAUCAAAGAAGAGAUCAAGAGUAGACACAAAGAAGCUGAUGGGUAGUAAUCCUUUUAUGGUACUGGUGCUUCAGAUCCUCCUGUUAUGGCCAGUUGCAACAUCAUCAUCCAUGAUUUCUUCAAUGGCAAUACCUGGUUGCCAAGAUAAAUGUGGGAACAUAACAGUUCCUUACCCAUUCGGAUUUGGAGCUGCAAAUUGUUACAGAAAAGGGUUUCAACUAACUUGCAAUGAUUCUUACAACCCUCCAAAGUUGUUCUUAUGGCACAAGGAAGUUCUGAAUGUUUCAUUACAAGGGCAGGUACAAAUCCAAUCCUUUUUAGCUCAAGAUUGUUACAAGAAGUCUGGAGACCAGUUAUUUAGGUAUGAACCUUACUUCAAUUUGGAUGGUCCUUUCACCUUCUCUGACACAGAGAACAGAUUCACAGUUCUGGGUUGUGACACUAUAGCAUCCAUUGGUGGCUUAAGUCAGGAAAACUUCAGUAGUGGGUGUAGCUUAGCUUGUAGUAAUGGAAAUGUUGUGACUAACGGGUCUUGUUCCAUUGGUUGCUGUCAGACCUCCAUCCCAAAAGGUUACAAGUUCUUCAACAUAAGCAUCACCAGCAACUACAACCACACCAAUGUUUGGUCCUUCAAUCCCUGUGGCUAUGCUUUCUUGGUUGAUUACAAGUCUCUAAACUUCUCAGUAUCCUAUCUCUUCAGUGAUUUCAAUGUCACUAAAGGAAGACAACUCCCAGUUGUGCUUGAUUGGGCAAUUGAAUGGACAGCCAAUAGUUCCCAAUCAUGUCAGGACCAAACUAGUUAUGCAUGUAGCAAGAACAGUAAUUGCUACAAUUCCAAGAAUGGUCAAGGUUAUAGUUGCAGUUGUUUCUCAGGUUACCAAGGGAACCCUUACCUCCCAAAUGGAUGCCAAGAUAUAGAUGAAUGUGAGGGCCCAAAGAAUAAUAAUUGCAUUUUGCAUUGUACCAAUUUGCCUGGGAGUUACAAGUGCUCAUGUCCACCUGGUUUUAGUGGAGAUGGGAUGAAACAGGGGAUAGGCUGCAUUCCCCUAAGGAAGUCUAAUCUGAUACAGGUCACCAUAGCUUCUGUCUUGGGUGGUUUGGGAUUGUCAUUUAUACUCUUUGGUUCCACAUGGUUACAUAAAGUAUUGAAGAAAAGAAGGAAAAGUAAACUCAAACAGAAGUUCUUCCAACAGAAUGGUGGUUUCUUACUACAACAAAUAUCUUCAACAAAUGGAAAUAUUGAGACAACAAAAAUUUUUAGUGAAGAAGAAUUGCAAAGGGCAACUGAUAACUAUAAUGAGAACAGAAUUCUGGGUCAAGGAGGGCAAGGUACUGUCUAUAAAGGUAUGCUAUCAGAUGGAAAAAUUGUAGCAAUCAAGAAAUCCAUAGGAGUUCAAGAUGAAGGCUUAAUUGAACAGUUCAUUAAUGAGGUUAUCAUUCUAUCACAAAUCAACCACAAAAAUGUUGUUAAAUUGUUUGGAUGUUGUUUGGAGACGGAAGUUCCUCUACUAGUUUACGAGUUCGUCUCUAAUGGAACUCUUUUCAGUCAUAUCCAUAAUAAAAGUGGCGAGUUUAUCUCCUUAACAUGGGACAAUCGUGUGAGAAUUGCUACAGAAGUUGCGGGAGCGCUAGCAUAUUUGCACUCAGCAGCUUCCAUACCUAUAUACCAUAGAGAUAUCAAGUCUACUAACAUACUCUUAGAUGACCGAUACGGAGCCAAAGUAUCAGAUUUCGGGAUUUCAAGGUCAGUGCCAGUUGAUAAAACUCACUUAACUACCUUAGUUCAAGGGACAUAUGGAUAUUUAGACCCGGAGUACUUCCAAUCAAGCCAAUUCACAGAGAAAAGUGAUGUUUAUAGCUUUGGAGUAGUACUUGUGGAGCUAUUAACAGGGGAAAUGCCUAUUUCUUUAAUGAGAUCACUAGAGAAGAAAAGUCUGGUUGCCUAUUUUAUUUCAUCAAUGGAGGAAAAUAGCCUCUUUGAGAUCCUUGAUGCUCAAGUUGUAAAAGAGGGUAAGAAAGAAGUACUUGAGGCAGUUGCUGUACUUGCAAAUAGAUGCUUGAUCAUGAAUGGUAAGAAAAGGCCAACAAUGAAAGAGGUUGCAACAGAACUAGAGGGAUUGAGAGCUUCUCCAUCAAAGAAUUUGUUUGUCCAAGAAAUCAAACAAGAUGAGGAGUGCAUUAUAACAGAACCAAUAGGCCUAUGGGAUACUAGUUCAGCUUCUACUACAUCUUGCACUAUUAAAACUAGUGCUACAAUUUCAUUAGAUGACCAGCCAUUACUACUUAAUCCAUCAUCAUAGUUGUUUUCUCACGAACAAGAAAGGGUG